GACAUUGACCGAGUGUCCCUGAAGGCAGCGUACUGGACGCGCCUUACGUAGCAAUCACGUGAUUGCGUCAACAGAAACAAACAUGGCGCCGCGAAAGUGAUCACAACUGAUUGUCUCAGGAGUGGACCAGGAUGGCUCUAAGGAAGCAGAUGCUCAAGGACGACGUUCCCUCUGGAAGCCGACAGAUCGCCGACAACACGCCGGAGGACGAGGCUCUCGACGACAGGGACCACAAUGACUUCUUACCGUCGCUCCAGUCGUCUUCAUCGAACCAAAAACGCAAGAGAGAGAACAAGUCCAAACCCAAAGAGAUGAGCGAGGAGGAGAUGAUGGACUGGGCUCUGCGUCUGAGCCAACAGGAAGCCAGCGCCGCCGCGGUCAGGCGCCAGCAGGAGGAGGACGCCAUGAUGAAGGCCCUCCGCGAGAGCCUGGUCAGCCAGACACAACCGGUCCCGCCGCCCCAGAGUCCGAACCUCCCCCCCGACGCCGGAGCUUCACUCGGGCUCGGCUCUCGCCGGAAACUCGUGUACUCCAACGGGAGGACAGGGUCUGCCAUCGAUCAGGGACCGUCGGAGGACGUCUGUCCCCCAGAGACAGCCCUGAACCGAAGAGCAGAAGGAACCGGAGAUGGAAGUAAAAACGGGAGUAAAAAGAGGAGAAGGAAAGAAGGAAGUCCUCUGCUGGAGAUGCCAGACUCUCAGGCUUCCCCCUGCAGAUCGGACUGGAUCUCCGGGCCGCUGGACUCGCCCCUGAGCUCCGACUCGACCCAGAUCGAAGACUGUCAGCUCCAGAAAUCCCCCGUCUUCCCCUCCGCUGGCUACCGAGCCCAGGUCCACGUCCCCCGGCUGAGCCAGAACCUGCUGGACACCUACAGAACCUCAGGGUUUGUGUUGUGCUCUCAGGACACUUGUACCUCGACUGGAAAGUCUCCGCCCGCUCAACCCGAGAGUCCCAAAGGCUCCAGUGGCCUCCCUCGGUCCAGGAGCCCUGUCUUCUCAGAGACGGAUCAGGGAGAGGAUGAAGACACGGAGCCGGAUCCUGAGUACUUCAUGAGUCCGGUGUUUGGCAGGAGUACUCAGCACAAGACGUCUCCAAGUGCCUGCAAACCCCGAGUCAGUGUCUGCAACUCAGGGUUCACGUGCUCUUCUCAGGAGAGUUUAACCUCCUCUGUGAGGCCUAAGAGUCCAGUAUUCCCAAGAAGCCCCGGCUUCCCCCGGAACCCCGUUCCCCCUGAAACAUCAGCAACCUGUGAAAGUCCUGUAUUCCCAGAGGCUGACGGAGGACAGGCGGAGCAGAGCCACGGGUGUUGUACAAGCCCGGUGUUCGGCGCGACUGGACGAGGACCAACGGGUCCCCCUGAUGAGCUGAAACCCUCUGUGAGUCCUUCAGGUCCAGAGCUCACAGGUUCAGACAGUGACGGGGAUUCAACCAUCACCAGGGAUCCAUCUCAGAGUCUGGCGCAGGGCGGCGAGACCGACCACAACCCAGACGGCCGCUUUAAGAAGGCAUCAGAUAACGCAGAGGAGGAGCUGAACGACGUGUCCAAAGACUCAGGGGGGACCGAGCUGACCAGCGAUAUGGUGCUGCGCUGGUCUGACGAGGACCAGGACGUCACGCCAGUGGGCUCUCCCAGCCCGGUCUUCCCAGAGGAGAGACCUGUUCCCCAGGCAGAGAGCCGGGCCGCCUCCCUGAACCAGGACUGGACUGCAUCUUCUCCAGAGAUGACCUGCAGACCUUCUACCUCCUCCACGUGCACCGGCCGACGGCAGCCUCCCACCACAGAGCGAGAGCCACAGCCAAUCAGCAGCCAGGGAGCGGUCGGCGGGGCGACUGCCCCCCCCCGGGAGCCUGCAGGCGGGCCAACGGUGCACUACUACUGGGGGGUACCCUUCUGUCCCCGAGGCCUGGACCCAGACCAAUACACACAGGUGAUCUUGGCCCAGAUGGAGGUCUACGAGAAGAGUCUGAAGCAGGCUCAGAGGGGUCUGCUGAGGAAGGCUGAGUGGGGGGAGGCCGUCCUGCCGCAGCCCGAGAAAUCUCCUUCACCUGAGUCGCCUGCUGAAUCGCCUCAACAGUUUGUGCCUCGAAGGCGUGGCCUCAGACUGAGAGGCAAAGACCCGUGUGAAGCAGCUGAUUCUCCUCCAGCUGAGGCAAAGGACGACGAAGAAGACAAAGAGCAGGAGGAAGAGGAGGGAAUACAGAGCAAAGAAGAAGAGAAGAAUGAGGAGAGGGAAGAAGAAGGACAGGAUAUGGAUGACUGUGAGGUUUGUCCAGAAACCCAACUGAGUGAUGACGACAGGACGCAAGAUCUGAUGAUGGCGACUGACGCUGGAGCAGAGUCCGACCUUAAGAUGAGUCCUGAGCCGCCAGAUGUCGAGAUGAUUCUCCAGAAGGAUCCUCCAGAGGAACAGGAGCUGCAGCCGGAGGAGGAGAUGGAGGUGGACGCGCCAGUGGACAGCAAGACGAAGGGAAACGUCCCUGUUAGCGGCAGCAACGUGAGACGAGAGGAGGUGGAGGAGGACGGCGAGGAUCCAGAUGUGGAGGAGAUAGACCAUCGGGAGCUUAAGAGGUCCACGUCUCCGGAACUGGAGCCAGCCGGGGUUCCUCAAAGCCCCCAAACCGAAGUGGACUGUCCCAUCUGCCAGGGCUCCUUCCCGGCGACGGAGAUCGAGAGGCACGCUGCGUUCUGCGACGGGGAGGUGGCCGUCGUCGACGAGAGGAGGCCCGCCAAAAACUGCUCCCAAGUGUCGUUGAAGUCACUCAGGAAGAGAACCAGGAGACCAGACCCGACUGCUGAGGAGACCAACGACCCCUCCAACACUUGCAUCAGUCAUGAGAAGUGUUUCAUCUGUCAAAAAGCUGUCCCGCUGAAGGACUACAGCCGACACACCGAGUUCUGCCUCCAACGGCAGAGGUCAAAGACUGCAGCGAAGGGAAAGCUGCUGUCAGCUCUGGAUCAGACCGAGAGCAGAGCUUCAGAGGCCAGGCCGUCUGGAUCCAAACUGCAGCCGGGAGAGAUCAUUGAUCUGCGGGAUGAUGAUGACGAUGAUGAAGAAGAGGACGAGGAAGCCGGCGUUUCAACACUGCUGAUCAGUAACUCUCCCAUCAGAUCCUUUACCCCGAUCUCAGAAGCCAGCGACUGUCUUAUCGACUUCAAGAGACCGCAUCGAGCCAAGACCCCACGCCAAAGACGACGCCGAUGAGGACGACGUCCUGCAGACUGGACAUCCUGGAACCAGAGCCUUAACUAAAGACCCCAUCAGGUUGGAUGUGACAUUACCAUUAGAAAAGACUUAUUUGGAAACAUCUUCCUGAUGUCACAUAUUUAUGAAGGUAAACAAAAAC